GGCAGGUGCAAACCCCUUGCUCUGGCUCCUCUUACUGACCAAUCCUCGUCCCAAAAUAUCCAAGAGCCAAUGGAGUGGGAAAACCCGGGACCCCGGGAGAGGGAGAGAGGGCAAAGCUGCCAGCCCAGGAGCUGCGGAACAUUUGGAUUCCUCCGGGGAUCGACUCGUGGGUAGCAGGGCUGCUCUGCUGAUUCACUGCCAGCGCUGCCAGCAUGGUGAUCAAAGUCUUCGUCGCCACAUCUUCGGGGUCUACAGCGAUAAAAAAGAAACAGCAAGAAGUCGUGGGCUUUUUAGAGGCCAACAAGAUUGACUUUCAGCAGAUGGACAUAGCAGGAGAUGAGGACAACAGGAAAUGGAUGAGAGAGAAUGUCCCGGGUGAAAAAAAGCCUCAGAAUGGAAUUCCCCUCCCUCCACAGAUCUUCAACGAGGAGCGGUACUGUGGGGAUUUUGAAUCCUUUUUCUCUGCUAAGGAAGAAAAUAUUAUUUAUUCGUUCCUGGGCCUUGCUCCUCCUCCAGGCACAAAGGAGACUGAAAAGUCUGAUGCCACAGGGGAGAAGUCUGAUGAUGCCACAGAGGAGAAGUCUGAUGCCACAGAGGAGAAACCAGAAGCAGCAGAAGAUAAAUCUGAUUCCAAGGAUGAAAAAUCUGAUGCCACAAAUGCAACUGAGGCACACGCAGAAGACAAGGCAGAUGAAGGAGCUCCUGAAGAGGCUCAAUCUGGCCAGACACCACCAGAAGGUCAACAGGAAGGCAAGGAAGAACAUGCAGCAACAGGGGAAGAAGAAGAAAAGCAGGGAGAGGGAGAAGAAAAGGAAGAGGUGGAGGCAAGAAGAGUCUUAGUACAGUUCCCUAUGACACAAUAUUUCUUGAACAGGUUUUCAGGAAGCACCAGCUGGAGCCACCCCACCAAAGAAAGAAAAUCCCUUUCCCAAGCAAAGCACCUUUUGUGCCUGUAUGAACAUAAAAACACAAAGAGAACACAGCUACCACUCUGUCCCACCUGUAACCUUUAUAUAUAUAUUUGGUAUUCCAGUUGCAUGUUAAAAUGGAUCUCGUCUGACAGAUGGUAUUUCAGUCAAUUGUUUUGUGUUGGGAUAGUUUUGUCCAUGUCACAUUUAGAUUGUGAGCUCUCCAGGGCAGGAACCAUGUCUCUCUCCAUGUCCAAGCACUGCCAAGCACGCUGCUGCCACUCAGCAGCCAACUGCACUCACACCACUGAUGUCUUCAGAGGAAAAGAAAUUCAGCACUGAAAACUGCAAAAGAGGCUUCCUGCACACAAGCCAUGUGAGUCACUUCUCCCUCAGCUGGCAUUUGAAAAUGAUUGAGGUUCCCAUUGUGCAGCAGUUUAAAUAAAUGUGUUUUCUGUUGUAUCUGC